AUGCCCAGUGACACCCCUUCAGAAGCUGAUUCCACGGCUCACCACCAGCUGCCUGCUUCGCACAGGACUCUUCGCUUAGUCGCGAUCGCCUCAUUUCUCCCCGCAUUUCCCCUCUGUAUUGCUCACGGAGUUCUGUCAAACGACGCAGCUCCUGCGGUCGGUCUGGUUCCGCUUGCUUUUUCUUCUGGGGGGAGCUUGUUCCUCCUUCGCCGACGAGAACGAGACGAUGGACUUGCGCGCAAGCUCUCACAUCCUGUGGUGGCCUUUGCUUUUGAUGUGGUACUAGCGGCAGCAUGUAUGAUUGUGUUGGUCUUUACAUGGAUUUCGAAUGACCAGUUGGCGUCGUUGAGUAUGCUGGCAGCUUAUGCCACUAUUCCCCUUCUUGUCAACUUUGUCAUUCAUCUUAUUAUCGCUCUGGAGUCAUUCUACACGGGUCUUGCUGUGCAUAGUAUCGUACAAUGGCUCGCUUGGCGCACUCUACCCCCUGACUGCCCACAUUGUGACCACCGACUACGCCCAGACUUUCCAGAGCUACCAUGGCUUGAUCGCCUACGAGAGCGACGAGAUGGAGAUUAUUCGGCGUUAUUUGUGAAUGAAGAGAACAUGUAUCACGAUGAUGAGACCGAAGAGACGCUACAGCGUGCUGAGAGUGCUGCGCAGGAGGCCGAGGCGCAGCCGGAGGUUGUUGAUGUCAGGAAGAAGAAUAAUCGUAGGAACAGGACAAAUACCCCUCCAUCGCGAGAUGAACCUGCGUCUCCAUGGCGCGCCUCGUGA